AGAGGGAGUGGGCGAAGCAGGAAAUGUCAGCAGCGGCGGUGCCACGGCUCGGUUGGUCGCCGGCUUGGCUCCCUCUUUCCCGUACAGACUCGGGCCUUGGUCUGAGGCCUUGGCAAGGCGCUUAACCGGGACGCGCUGAGGGGACGAGGCCGUCUGAGGCGUCGCCGCUUCGCUUCGGAGACGGGGAGGCGAAAACCAGCCGCGACGCUGUUCGGGAACUCGGUGGCAGCCGAUGCUUCUGAGGGGAUGGAGCUCGGCCGGGUCCGGCUAUGAUAUUCUUUUAUAAAUGAAGUAUAUAUUCCUGGCUGGACUCAGUGGAUAAUAAUGAGUGGUGCAGCUUUGGGCAUUGAGAUAGUAUUUGUCUUCUUUCUGGCUUUAAUCAUAUUACAUCGGUAUGGAGACUUCAAAAAACAACACAGGCUUGUGAUCAUCGCAACACUACUAGCUUGGUAUCUUUGCUUCCUCAUAGUAUUUAUAUUGCCUUUGGAUGUCACUACGACUAUAUACAAUCGAUGUAAGCUUGCUGUAAAUUCUAGUCCGUCUGAAAGUAGCAUCAGCAAUGGAUCACAUACACGUCAUGCUCCAGGAAACCGUGAGUGUUUCAAACCAUGGAGCUAUAUUCCUCCUGGAAUCAUGCCUGUCUUCUGGCGUGUUGUGUACUGGACAUCACAGUUCUUAACAUGGAUUCUGUUACCCUUCAUGCAGUCAUAUGCUAGGUCAGGAGGCUUUUCCAUUACUGGAAAGAUUAAAACUGCAUUAAUUGAAAAUGCAAUAUAUUAUGGCACAUACCUUCUGAUUUUUGGAGCAUUUUUAAUAUAUGUGGCUGUAAACCCGAACUUCAGCCUGGAAUGGAACCAACUUCAGACCAUUGGAAUAGCUGCUGCCAACACUUGGGGCCUCUUUCUUCUUGUCUUGCUGUUAGGGUAUGGCCUGGUUGAAAUUCCACGUUCUCAUUGGAAUGGAGCAAAGAAAGGUUACCUUCUGAUGAAGACUUAUUUCAAAGCUGCCAAGCUGAUGACUGAGAAGGCAGAUGCAGAAGAAAACUUGGAGGAUAUAAUGGAGGAAGUUCGCAAAGUAAAUGAGAGUAUUAAGUACAACCACCCCUUAAGGAAGUGUGUGGACACAAUACUGAAAAAGUGUCCUACUGAGUACCAGGAAAGAAUGGGUAGAAACAUGGAUGACUAUGAAGACUUUGAAGAAAGGCCUAAUGCUUAUCCAACAGAGAAGAGUCUGGUCAAACUUCAUAAGCAGGUAAUUUAUUCUGUUCAGAGGCAUUGUCGUACGCAAGUCCAGUGGCGGAUUCUUUUAGAGCAAGCCUUUUACCUGGAGGACGUGGCAAAAAAUGAAACCAGUGCCACUCGUCAAUUUGUCCAUACUUUUCAGCCUCAGGAACCUGAAAACAAAGUUAUCCAGUAUCUCUAUACGCCAACUGUUGAAUGGUAUUGGGAGUGCCUCCUGCAGCCGUGGUUUCACAGGAUCCUCGCCAUCGUUUUGGCCAUCUUUUCUAUCAUUGUCGUGUGGUCAGAGUGCACGUUUUUUAGCACAAAUCCCGUUUUGUCCCUGUUUGCCUGCUUCAUACAGUUGGCGGAAAAGACUUACAACUAUUUCUACAUAGAGAUGGCGUGCUUCUUCACCAUCUUUUUCCUGAGUAUCUGCGUUUACUCUACCGUCUUCAGGAUUCGUGUAUUUAACUAUUACUAUUUAGCAUCACACCAUCAGACAGACGCAUACAGUUUGCUUUUCAGUGGCAUGCUGUUUUGCCGUCUGACUCCUCCACUGUGUCUGAAUUUCUUGGGCUUGACUCAUAUGGAUUCAUCAAUUUCUCACCAAAACACCGAGCCAACUGCAUAUACAUCUAUUAUGGGAUCAAUGAAAGUAUUAUCCUUCGUUGCAGAUGGGUUUUAUAUCUAUUAUCCCAUGUUGGUUGUAAUUCUCUGUAUUGCCACUUACUUCAGUUUAGGUACUCGGUGUUUGAAUCUUCUGGGGUUCCAACAGUUCAUGGGAGACAAUGAGAUGACGUCCGACUUAAUAGAUGAAGGAAAAGAAUUAAUCAGAAGAGAAAAAAGAAGACGGCAAAGGCAGGAAGAAGGUGAAAACAGAAGAAGAGAGUGGAAAGAACGAUAUGGAAACAACCGGGAAGAUUCUGCCAGAAACAGAAAUGUUCAAGCAGACCAAAAAGAGUCUAGCUUCACAGAAACUAAUACAAAUAGAUUUUCGUCUAAGUACACCAGAGCAAAUGGGAGGAAUGAAAGAGAUAGAAUUGAGCUGCUGCAGGAUGCAGAACCCUUGGAUUUCAAUGCUGAUACAGUCAGCGAAGAUCCUCUUGACUCAGACUCAGGAAGGUAUCAGCCAGGUGGAAGAUAUUUGUCCAUGUCGCGAAGCCGAAUAUUUGAUGAUGUCUAAGGCCAUGGAACCCUUGAGUCCCACAUCCAUUGCUUUGGGGAAUGCUCUUUUUCAGUAACAUAUCCUGCAAAACCAAAACAACCUCUCAAAAAAUGAAUGGUGGGGAAUGAAGGAACUUUAUUUCUUAGAAAUGCACUUUGUGUAACGAGUUGCCCGAUUUGUGAUGGCCCAAACGCUGGUCUCUGAAACUGGGGCCACCUCAGCAGUGCCUUUCCAUUGUUUUCCGCUCAGUUCAAUAACCCACCCCGUUGCUGCUGUCAUGAGACAAUAGUUGUGUGAGCUGUAGAUAGAUGCAAAGGAAAAGAAGGAAUGGUGUGGUAUUAAAGGGAGUCUGUGGAAAGAAGGGAUGGGGCGGAGAGAAAUAGGAUG